AUGCCUGUAGAGCACACCCGCUUACAAGUAACCUGGCCACACAUCGCCGCUACUAUUACUGGUCUUCCUGGGUAUGGAUGGACGUUGAACAAGCCUACCCAUCUAGCUGGGCCCAUGCUGUUCCUUUUUAUCAUUGGCUACGCCACUACCGCCGUGGCGCAAGCUCUGAACGCUCUCAUGGUAGAUCUCUUCCCGCAAGACGCAGCUACCGCAAGUGCGGCCAAUAACUUGAUACGCUGCGGCUUGGGUGCUGUCAUAACUGCCGCUAUCCAACCUUUGACCCAUGCAGUUCAGCCUGGUUGGACAUACGCCAUCUGUGCUGGCUUUCUCUUGAUUAUUGUCGCCCUUUUCAUUGCGUUGACUCGCUUUGGACCAGAUUGGCGGGCGGGCCGUAUGAAGCGAGAUACCACGGACCAAGGAGAAGGGAGAAAUAUUGUGCUAGUCAUAUAA